AUGCCACCGAUCUCGGAUCCGCGAGGACACAUGGGUGCUGACAGCUCCAAGAGGGCGGUCUCCCCAGUUGUGGACGAAGAUGGCUUCCAAGUCAUGCCACGCCGACGAGUCAAGGCUUCCGUCGGUUCGGCAAAAGCCAGUAAGUUGCGUGUGGUGGCCAAGCCUCCUAGGAAGAGGGCUCUUUUUGUUUCCCGAUUGCAUCCAGAGACCACCAGCGACGAACUAUCGGAAAUUGUGUCUAGUGCUCUAGAAUGCCAGAGCUUCUCUUGCACUAAACUGGUAGCUAGAUUCCUAAACCUAAAUGCUCGAAGUGUUGCCAAUAAAGCGGUAGAGCUUGAAGGUGUUUUAUUGGCAUUUAACCCUGAUGUGGCAAUUAUAACAGAAACUUGGCUGCACGAUCAAAUACCUGAUAAUGACGUUUUUCCUCAUGGUUUCAAAGUAUUCCGACGGGAUCGUGGCUCAAGAGGGGGAGGGGUCGCUCUUUUUAUCAAGGACACCAUUCCAUGCAUGUCUAUUGAGCACGGCCAGGACUGUGAAAUGGUCUGGGCCUCUAUACGUUUUGGUUGCCAAUCAAUGCUUGUAGGAGCAGUAUAUAGAUGUCCUCAGGCCAGUAUUGAUGUCCUACAGAGUUUAUCUGAGUUUCUUCUAACUAAAACCAAGCAAUUUUCACGUAUAGUUAUGGCCGGUGAUUUUAAUUUGCCAGAUAUAGAUUGGAAUUGCGUGAUGCCCAAUGGGAUACGCAAUCAGUCUAGGCUUCUUGUUGAUAUUGCCUUUAGUAAUAAUUUAAGUCAAGCGGUCAAGUGUCCCACACGUGUGUCAAAUGAUAGGGAAUCCUUGCUUGAUCUCGUGUUUUUAUCUGAGGUCGUUACAAGAAGUAUUCUUGACGUAUCAAUCGCGGAUGGCAUAUCUGACCAUGCAAUAGCUGUAUGUGACCUAUCUGCACCGCAGCAUGCACACAAUGAAACCGAAGGAAAAUCUUAUUGUGAUUUCAACAGGGCGAAUGAUAUCGAUAUUAUAGACUUUAUGGAAGUGGCUCUAGACAGAUUUCUUGCGUUUUACGAUGCGAACCCGGACUCAGUAGAUAAGCUUUGGCUCUUUUUUAAGUAA